AUGCUGAGACACGAAUACCCUUUGCUCCUCAAAACUAUUUUCUCAUGCUUGAUCACGCUUCAAACUUGCACACUUUGCACAGGUCAGAAUACCAAUCCUCAUAGUUGCCCGCCUUCUUCAUGCGGCAAUAUUCCUAAUAUUAGCUACCCUUUCAGACUGAAAAACGACCCACCACACUGUGGCGAUCCCCACUAUGAACUCGAGUGCCAACAUAAUACGACCGUGUUGGUAUAUUUGGAAUCUCACAAAUACCUUGUGCAAGAAAUCAACUAUCUCAACCACACUAUCCGCCUAAUCCAUCCCUCCAUGUCACAAAACGACAUCUGCUCUUUCCCAAACUACUCUAGUAAUUAUGUGGCAAUACCAGAUGUGAUAUCGUUUGGAAAUUAUUUUGCCUAUAGAUCGCCGUUCCUCGUGGUAGAAGAAAAGGCAAUCUAUUACCUUCCUACACGGAAGAUGGAUUUUAUUAGCUGUCCACAACCCUUCAACAACUCCCAAUUCGUGGAUGUUGGUGCUGAGUGUGGCCACACGAGUUUUAAUUAUGGUCUCAAUGUGUCGGGUAUUACAAAUAAGCACAUGUACAUAGGGUAUCUAACUGAUGAUGAUGCGACAACAUGGUCAUCUAAAUUAAAGAGCAAAUGUACUAUACACUUCGAAGUGAUGCUAGAGCCAAGUGGUGAUGCGUAUAUUGACAAAGGAAAUCUUACUCUUUCAAAAGUCCAUAGAUUUUUGGUCAAUGGGUCUACACUUUCUUGGGCCACUGUGCUCUGCGGUGGCAAGUGUCAAUUAUGUUACAUUGAUGGACCAACUGCAAGAUGUUUCGGAAGUCUCGAAAGAAGUCAAUGGUGUUUUUUUGGCACGAUUACGAGUUUCCGGUGCGGUUUCAUGUCUACUAAGUUCGUCAUUGCCUUUAAUUAUUACACCCUGAAAUAUCAGAAUGGCAUAACGUAUGCAGCUCUAGCCUACCUUUCCUUAAGGACAUUAAUAGGAAUAGCUUUAUUGCUGUUAGUAAUCAUUCACAAGCUCCGGAGACAGCACUUGUCGACAUUCGAUAUAAUCGAAGUCUUCUUACAGAACACCAACAACAAUCUCAUGCCCAUCCGCUACUCUUACAGAGACAUCAAGAGAAUGACAAGUGGCUUUCGCCACAAACUCGGUCAAGGCGGCUACGGUUCUGUCUACAAAGGAAAGCUCCGAAGC